UUCCGUGUUUCCAAUUUAGAUAAACAUUGCGAAAAAUGCCUUAUCUGCCGUUGCUAUCUUCUCUCCGACGAAAAUCCCAUUUUUAACGAUUCUUCGGAUAUGAGACACGGAUAAAUUCAAUUUGUUUCUUACUAAUAAUUCGGUGUAUCGGUAAGAAUAUGGAACUAGGUUUACGAGGGUGACGCAUCGAUCGCGUAUAUAAGAGAGAAUACCGGAAGAGGCGAGGAAACAGUGUUCGAGAGCGCGUGGACGUGGACGAGAACGAGAGCGAGAGCGAGAACGAUCGAAGGAUGAGGGGACUGUUUCUGAUCCUACUGCUCGUGUACGUUGUUUCGGCGACUCGAUGCAUCGUGAAGGACGACAAGGACGUGCCGGAGGUUCACGUGAUCCGCUUAGGAGAUCGCAGUGGAGAGUCAGACGAAUCGGACGUAGUCACGCUGCAGAUCCCGGACACCAGGCGCAAACGGGAAACCCAUGAAAUUUGCAAGAAGGACACCGAUUGUACGAAAGGAGAGGUCUGCGUCCCUUAUUUAGGAUGCAUAAAGGGACAUCGAAAAGAUCGCGCAUCGGAUAAUUUCACUCAGAUGUAAUCGCCCCCCUUGAAUUUGAUCCAACGAUGAAGCACUAUCUCCUCGACAUACAUACUAAUAUAUACUAACAACGUACUUAUAUACGCACCUUACAACACUUGUACGCACCUCAAUAUAUCGAAAUAAUAAAGCGACUGGCAUUGAAAAAAA